AGAAGCAUGUUGCAAGACAGAAGCUGCAAGUGAUUCACCGAGAUCGUCAGAUUCUACUCUAUUGACAUAUCUAAUCAAUCAAAAUGCGAUACAUGUACUCAAUUACCAAAUACGUAGUGCUAUCAAGGGACCUAGUGGUGAUUCAGAUGACGGUAACGACUCAUCUCAAUGUGUGAUAAAGUGGAUAAUUAAACAAGAUUUGAGAGAAUAG